AUGUCUACAGACACCAGGUGUAGUCUUCUAAGCACAUUGCCCAAGGAUAUACCAGCAAGCUUUCUGAAGCAAAUCACAAAUGAUUUCUCUCCUAAGCUAGAACUUGGUAAAGGUGCAUUUGGAACAGUCUACCAGGGAAUUGCGGAGAAUGGGGAAAUGAUUGCUGUGAAGAAACUUGGGGAAAAUUGUCCUGUGGCGGACAAAACAUUCAGUAAUGAGAAGAAGGUGGUGCAGCACAAUGGAAGAUAUAUCAUUGUAGAUAUAGCUGAAAUUUUUCUCUGCUAUGAAUAUCUACCUAAGGGAAGCCUUGACAAUUAUCUAUUUGGCCGUCGUCGCAAGACCAUCCGCACGCCGUCGCGACCCGUGGCUGCUGCUUCUCUUCCGCGCCGUCGCACCUAUCCAUCGCGGCCUGCUGGCUGCUCAUGCCGCCAAGCAGCUGUUGGUGCUGGCCAGCCACCAAGAGCCGCCGGGCGCGGCCUCCGUGGACGCCAGACUCCCCUGGCUGCGCGCCGCUGUCCCUCCCCACGCCCUCUGGUUGAAGCCGCCCCUGUUCUUGGACAUGGCACUCUUUAA